UGAUCAAAUGUGCUGAUAGAUACAUUGUAAAAAUCAUGCCAACGUAGGAACACUAGACUACUCCUCCUUACUUACGCACGGAUGUCGGUUCAUUAUGCUUGGACGACUGCUCUAAUACUGCAAAUAUGCAUUCUAGUUGUCACUAGUACGUCAACUGCCUCUUGGCGACCACAGAGGCGGGAAACUUGCGAGCUGCAUCCUGACGUUGAAGCUCGCAUCCUUAAAGAUGUGUCGUACUGGGACCCUAGCGGUGGCAUCACCGAAGACGUCGCGCUAUCGGUAUGUGCCGUCUGCGGUGGGGAGGGCGCCCAAGCCGCGUCUGGUGCUUCUAGCUCCUCAUCCGGUGCCAUGGGCGUCACCACGCCAGGCACCAAGGAUUGUAACAAGGCGCAACGCGUGCUCAUUGAAAACGGGACCGUCUUCCUGACAAACUUGAUCGGAAAGGAGUACUUGGGUCCCUUCGAGCACAUAGGCUUCCUAGUAGAGCUGUACGAAGCUAGCCAGGUGUUCCGGUUACCGGACGUAGAGUUUACGUACUGGCACGGAGACAACGCGCCCGCACACACCACCAUCAAUCCAGCGGAUAACUCCUCCCUCUGGCCGCAUAAGCCCCCUGGAGCGGGGAGCAGAGCCAUGCCUGCCGUACUGGCAUGGAGCAAGUGGAAUGAGAAUGCGGCGCUGGUAGUUCCUUACUCGGGAGCAUUCAGGUGUCCGCAAGACAGCUGGGACUCGAUCGAGGGGCAGUUGGAGACCGUUGCUGGGCUACCCUGGGAGGAGAGGCGGGAGGUUGCGUUCGGCCGUUGGAACGGCUUUUGUACACACUACAUCCCUUGGAUGAAGACCGAGGAUGGAAAGGUCAUGAAGUGCCCCCGAACCUACCUGAACAGCAUUUCUGAAGCGCAUCCGGAUUUGCUAGACGCAUACGAUCUGGGAGCCGCCCGACCGUUGCCACUAGUGCACCAGAACCGGUACAAGUAUAUCGUAUCAACCGAUGGUUGGUCCAUCAGCUCCAAGUUCGACAAGUAUUUGCUGUUGGGAUCUGCCAUACUCAAAGCAGCUUCGACCCGUUACGGUUUCUACUACGAUGCCAUAAAACCGUACGAGCACUACUUGCCCUUUAUGGUCAAAUCAAGCGAGGAUAUUGUAGACGUGGUCAAAUGGGCCAAAGCGCACGACGCCGACUCCAAGCGGGUCGCCGAGACGGCUCGGAGGUUUGCGCUUCGAAACCUGAGUCGCCCGGCCCGCCUCUGUUACUACUUUCGACUCAUGACGGAGCUGAGCAGGAAGAUGAAGUAUAAGGUGACCUGCCAAAAUCGGCGGCUGUGCGUUCCGUUGGUCCAGGAGAUUCAGGUUUUUUCACAGUACGAGCGCACGAACCGCUCCUGCAGAUAUCACGACGUGCUUUUACGGUACGGCGAUGAUGAUCCGCUUGCCGUCAAGGCCAACACCGAGGCUGCAGCGACUGUCCAAGGCGCCUCCUCGUCUUCUGCUUCCCCGUCAUCGUCCUCCGUUUCAUAUUCACUCCAAGACAUCCAACGGUUGCACGAGGAAGGAAUUGCCUGGCCUCGAGACGAUCUGCUCCUACAGUCCCGGAUGGGCAGCUAGUGACUUCAACAUGCUUUGAAUUAUAUUAUAAUUAUAUAAUUAUAUGUUGUAACAAUGGAAUGCCGUUAUCGGGCGAUCAUUGUCGUGUUCCAGUUCUUUCCGGAAAUGCCUUAGCAGUGGGUUGCGAGCAGAGGGGUGCGUUAGCCACUGGCUGCACUGCUGUCAGAGACCCACGGGUCACUCGGUGGGCAGUACAGCAGCUAAGCCGACGUUCAUUUGCAACAAGGCGUGUGAGCGUUGACUCGUGCCAGAAGAUUGCACUUUCGGCUUUGCAAGCCAACAAAUAGAUGGUUACCUGUGAUUAAAGCUAGGCCGGUGAGAGAGGAUAAUUAAUUGGAGC